AUGGCUAUCCAAACCUCCAGGAUGUUUUCUUUGCUGGUUGUGAUUUCAACUGCUGUAAUUUUUUUCUUAUCAUGGGGAGGUAUAUCACAAAGUAUCACCUGGACUACUUUCUCAGGAAAACUGUUACGCACUUAUGGAGGCAGUUGGUAUGACAGUAACUUAACAGUCUUGGAUGAUAAAGGGGAAUGGACUCCGCCACCUGAUGGUUUUACCUCAACAAAUAAAGCAGAAAAGACAAACUUUAAAACUGAUGUACCGAGAGCCUUUACACAUCGCACUGUAGCUGAGACUCCUAUGCCUGUCCUCUCCAAAAAAGACUUCAAGAAACUCCCCAGAUGGGAUUUUGACGAUAAAUAUAACCAGGAUUCUCCACCCAGACCGCCCACAUGCCCCCAGUCUCUACGGAUGUCAAACGAUGAGAAGUUUAAGAAGGCUUUCCUUCCCAACAUACGCUUGUUUCUGCACAAAGACAAUAUCAACAUGAGCGAGUGGAACCGACUCUCCCAUUUUAACAAUCCUUUUGGUUUUAUGGGGUUCAAGUAUGAUGAGGUGAUGGACUCAGUGAAAUUCAUCCCAAAGCCAAAGGAGCCACUUCUCCGUCCAGGAAAAGAUGGAUGUAUUCGCUGUGCUGUGGUGGGCACUUCUGGGAUCCUCUAUGGCUCUAAAUUGGGGAAAGAGAUCGAUGCACACGAUUAUGUGUUCCGGAUGAACGGCGCUGUCAUAAAGGGUUACGAGGAAGACGUAGGAAACAAAACAUCAGUGUACGUCCACACGGCCCACUCCAUCACCUCCUCCGUGUACAUGCUGAAGAAGUACGGAUACAAAUCUGUCCCACAUGAUGAGGGUAUAAAAUAUGUGAUGAUUCCUGAGGGGAUGAGGGAUUUCCAAUGGCUUCAGGGUCUUCUCAAAGGAGAAAGGGUCUCUGAUGGUCCAUAUAAAAACCGACGGCCAUGGACUUACUAUGCCAAUCAGUACAAUGAGACCCGCUUCUACGUUCUGCACCAGGACUUUCUCAGAUACGUGCGGAACAGGUUCUUGUUGUCUCCUAAUAUGAACGCUUCAUUCUGGGCAAUAGUGAGACCAACCAAUGGGGCAUUCACUGUCUUCCUGGCUCUACAAACCUGUGACAUAGUGGAUGCAUAUGGAUUCAUUACUGACAACCAUAAACAAUAUUCCAAUUACUACUAUGAGAGAGAUGCUAAAACCCAUAUAGUUUUCUACGCCAAUCACGAUUACACAAUGGAAAAGAAUAUGUGGAAAAAACUGCACGAGAGCAAAAUAAUUAAGUUAUAUUUCAGACCAGACCCUGAAAACAAAAAACCAUAA